AUGGCAUUUCCUGGAGCAACAUAUCAUGCAGACUCUGAUGCAGAUGAUGAGUAUGAGAGAAGUGUCAUGACUUCACCAGUUCAGUUACAUACCGACUCGGAAACCUCUUCGGAGCCUCAAUCCAAUGAACAUACCCCCACCACCUUUGACAAUGCUGGGGAAGAUCCUAAUCUACCUCGGACGAUCAUAACAGAAUGGACUCCAGAUGAUUGUGCACAAUUUGUUUCGAGUUUGAAUCUGCGGCAGUACUGUCAGGCUUUCAUAGAACACGGCAUUGAAGGAGAAGCACUUGUGGCUCUCAAGCAUGAUGAACUCAAGGAGAUGGGAAUCGCCAGCGUUGGCCAUAGGUUGACCAUCCUGAAGAAUGUCUAUGACAUGAAAGUCAAUCAAGACAUUCCCGUCGAGCCUGAUGAUUAUGUCCCACCCACGGCCGAACGGAAUCCUCAACAUGAAAUGGCUACGAAAGAGGACAUUGCACGCAUUGCCAGAUCCAUCAUUCGACUGCGUGAUGAACGAAUUGCCCAGACAGAGGCCCAAUUGACAAGAUUGGCGGAUGAUUAUCGUAAACUGCGCCAGGAAUUACUCCCCGUGUUCAAAAUGGCCAAAGAACGAUCCGAACCACUACCUUACGCCCCAUACCAAAAUAAUCCAACCAUCAGCCCCGAAAUCUAUCAACAAGACCUCAGCUCUCCAGUUACGACGACACAACCAGUACUAGAAAAGACCAGCUUAACACGAACAUUUUCCAAGAAGCUAGGAUUAAGUUCCACGCCAAAGAACAACUCCCCAACAUAUAUCCCCAGCACAAUACACGAAGGAAGGACAACAGAGAAUUCAGCCUUGGAUCCGUCCGCCGCGGCCAGUUUAGCCUCCAACACUUUGACUGCGUCGAUGUCAGGUGGCAUGUUAUCUCAACCGUCACCCAUUGCACCCUCGCCGACAUCUCCCUUGCCAUAUCAUCAACCACUUGCUCCCCGAUCAUAUCAAAGGGACGGUGUUUCGAUAUCGAGGUACGACGGCUCGGACGAGAUAUCAUCUCGGAUCAAAGAAGUCACACUCGAACGAAACAUACUGGACCGAGACCCUCCAACAUCAGCCAAGUCGGUGUCCGCCAAACUGAAUCCCACCAACUCAACCAUCUCAAACGCCUCCACACUAAUCCCAUCACGAGAAAUGUCCGCAUCGGUACCUCCGAACCUACCAUCCAGUGCCGCAGGCGGCCAAACACCGGGCGACGCACCAUCAGUGGAGAUCUUCAAAUCAUUCCGAGUCGGACUAGAAGAUCCAUGUUACAAGGUCCUCCCCGCCGCACUCCGCAAGUAUAACAUCCAAGCAGACUGGCGGCAAUAUGCUCUAUACAUUGUAUACGGAGACCAAGAACGAUGCGUCGGGCUGGAAGAGAAACCACUAGCACUGUUUAAAGAUCUUGACCGCGAGGGCAAGAAACCCAUGUUCAUGCUCCGCAAACUUGCCAACCCAAUCCUGGAAGUCCCCGGUUCAGGGGGAGGCAUCAAAUCUCUGGGUAUGGGCAGUGGUGGAAACAGUGGGAUAGGCAUAUCCAAUACUGUGAAUGGACGCCCCAUGCAGGCCCAAACACUACCUGGCGGAGUGCUGUAA